GCUCCGGGUCCGCAGGCCGCGCGUGGACGCGGACGCAGCGCGAGGGCCGCCCGCCCCGGGGUCGCAGCUCGGGGAUCGGCGCGGGCGGCGGGUCGCGGGACGGAGCCCCUCGGACCGUGCGCGCGUCCCCCGCCCCCGCCCGGCCGGGCGUCCCGCCGCCGAGCCGCCGGCCUCCCUCCCUCCGAGCGCGCUCCGCCCCGCCCGGGCCGAGCCGCCCCCCCAGACCCGCGGGCCCCGCCGUGCGCCCGGCGCCUCUGUCCCCUCGCGGGGUUGGCUCGCGCGCGGAGGGCUCGCGGGGGCUCCGGUGUCGGCGGGGGCUGCCCUGGCUCGGAGUUCUCAGCUCUUCUCUCCCGCCAGGCCCCGAUGGCGGAGGGUCGCCGGGCAGCAGCCGCGAUGCGGGGGUGACCGGCAGCGCGCGAUCCGGGAGCCCGUGAGAGCAGCGGGGACCUGGGCCGGGGGGACGUCCGUCGGCGGGCAGGGCGACGCAGGUGUUCGGGAUGGAAGCUGAAGGCUUGGACUGGCUUUUGGUCCCCUUGCACCAGCUGGUUUCCUGGGGGGCAGCCGGGGCCAUGGUCUUCGGAGGGGUCGUGCCGUAUAUCCCCCAGUACAGGGACAUCCGGAGGACUCAGAACGCUGAGGGCUUCUCUACCUACGUGUGUCUGGUGCUCCUGGUGGCUAAUAUUUUACGGAUCCUCUUCUGGUUUGGACGGCACUUUGAGUCGCCGCUUCUCUGGCAGAGUGCAGUCAUGAUCUUGACCAUGUUACUGAUGUUGAAGCUCUGCACUGAAGUCCGCGUCACAAACGAGCUGAACGUAAAACGCCGUUUCUUUGCAGCUGCAGAUAAUAAGGAUGAAGAAAUCAAGGUCCCCCCCAGGCGGUCAUAUCUGGACUUUGACCCUCACCACUUCUGGCACUGGAGCAGCUUUGGGGACUAUGUGCAGUGUGUCCUGGCCUUCACAGGAGUGGCGGGCUACGUCACAUACCUGUCCAUUGACUCAGCCCUGUUUGUGGAGACCCUGGGCUUCCUGGCUGUGCUGACUGAGGCCAUGCUGGGGGUCCCACAGCUCUACCGCAACUACCGCCACCAGUCCACCGAGGGAAUGAGCAUCAAGAUGGUGCUCAUGUGGACCAGCGGCGACACCUUCAAGACGGCCUACUUCCUGCUCAACGGCGCCCCCCUGCAGUUCUCCGUGUGCGGCCUGCUGCAGGUGCUGGUAGACCUGGCCAUCCUGGGACAGGCCUACGCCUUCGCCCGCCACCCCCAGAAGCCAGCCCCCCACGUGGCACACCCUGCCAGCGCCAAGGCCCUCUGAGGUGGCGGGGGAGGACACGGACGUGUGGCCUCCGCCGUGAGCACUGGCCCAGUCACCUGUCAUCCCUGUGUGGGGCAGGUGGGCAUCAUGGCCCAAGGGGAUGUCUGGGCCAUCGGGAUCUCGAUCAGCUCUGUGGGUCUCGGGUGCACUGCCAGGGGGCCUGGGUGCCAACAUUGAUGCUCCACCCUGAGGACGAGUGUGAGUGGGCACUAGACCCCAGGGCUGGGCUGAGGCUGUUUUCCAGGUGAUGGAGAAGCAAGUGUUCUCUUCUUUCCUCUCAAAAAACACUUGUCUGGAACGUGGAAUGUGCUCACAGACCCAGGAAAUGGCAGACUUCGGGCUGCUAUGGGACAGGGCGCCAGGAAGCCCCUCUGGGACUCAGGCCUGCCGGGAGCCCCUGGGGCCUGCAGCCGGGCUCUCGGCAACCCUCGGCCUGGGCGGGUUGGGGAGCAGGAGUGAGCAGUGGCACCAGGAGAACCCGUGCACCCGGCGCACAGAGCCUGGUCUCAGAAUGGCCCAAACGUGGACAUCCUGGUGACAGCAUGCGCGCGAGGGUGACUCAGAGCAGGGCCUGGGGUUUGAACACAGCUGAUGCUUGUGGGAAGGAAGCUGUGGGGACGCACGUUACAAGUGCUCUUGGUGACCUGCCGGAGUCAGCCCUGUGAGGGCCACCUUCAGUGCGGCCACGUCACGGGACUCGGGACUUGGCCCUCAGCUUGGCAGUGGGGCCCAGAGUGUUCUGUGUACCCACGUACCUCAUUUCUGCAUUGGCUGCCUCCUGGGAGAUGCCCGUGUGGACGCCGCUGGCAGGGAGGGGGCGAGCCUGUGUCCAUGCUGGCUGGACGCUGCCAGAGUGAGCUCAGGGGUGUUAGCACCAGAGCCUGGAGUUCCCCAUGAGUCCUGGGGGUAUGUGGGGGGCACAAGUGGCCUGUGUGUGCCCCCAGGGAAGCUGGGGGCCUGGGACCAGGUCUGGGGGACGCACCCUCCGCGGAGGACAGGCGUGCUUCGGGCGUUCCCUCUGGGUUCCGGGAAUUGCACAUGCCUGCAGCCUGCUGCCCUGGACGUCUGUGUUCCAGGACGGCGAUGGCCUGCGAGUCAGGCGAGGGGACAUGUGAUGCAGGUGUCCCCACGCUCCUCGGGCGUGGGGUGACGUGCCCGGGCGGGGCGUCCCUGGCCACCUGCUUUCCCCCCUCUCAGUUUUACAGGAGCAUCUCCGCUGUGCCCAGCAGCCCUGGGCGAGCUCCCAGGCCCCAGCGCCUGAGUGUCCCAGCAGCCGUGGGGCUUCCCCUCUGCGGGGUGGAGGGCCGGCCCUGGGGCAGGUGUGCAGGGGCGGCACCGCUGUCCUGCUGCUCCAGCUGCUGCCUCCUCUGGAGCUUUGCUCACAAAUGCCUGAAUGUUUGAGUGAGGAUCCUGCUUAGGCACUUGGGCUGUAAGACGCUUUGGAAAUGUUUAUUUUUAAACACAGGGGUGUCAGUAGCCGUAAUUUCCUCCAGAUUAAAGUGUCUCCCUCUGACUGCGGCCAUGGCAGCAUGUGCCCAGCGAGGGGAGCACUCGGGGUUGUCCGCGCUCUGACUUUAACCCAAUAAACCGCUUGCGGAUC